AUUGUAGUAAUAUAGCAGCUGUCAACUGACUAUGAGACCAUACUUAUUUAUCAUUUUUAUAUUUUUAUUUAUAUCAGUUAUCGCUUUAGCUUGUUAUCACUAACAUGUUAUCGUUUAUUUGUUUUUCAUAUUAUAGCGUCUCAAACACUAACCUAGUCGCGAAUCAGAGCGUAACAAGCUGGGCAUCAUUUGUUCACUUUACACACCAUGUUUGAAGUACAAAUCAUUCUGUACUUAGUCCGAAUUUGAUAAACUGUCACAGCUGCAACGUUGCUAACCCUGUUCAGCUGAAAUGAAAGAAGCAGACAUAACAAAACAAAAAUUUUCCAUUUGAAGUGUUUGAUAAAAGAGAAGAUGUAAAAGUGAAAAACGCUCAUUUCGGUGGAAAAUCAGUGAAAACUAUAAUCAAGCAUUUGUGUGCAGCCAACAACGCGCGUGAAAUCUUUAUUAGUUAUAAAUUACUUCUGUAGCAAGUAGCACGUAAAAAAUUGAGAACGGACACGCAGCCAAACAAGAAAAAAGGAAAGACGAAAAAGAAAACAUUGAAUAAGAUUUUAAUAAGAGGGGUGCACGGUACGACAGCGGUAGCCAGACUUAUAGAAGUGAGACCUUGAGAAAAAAAACGACGUUUAUUGCUUAGGACAGUGUAAGGCAAAGCACCAAGGAAUGGCGUGUGAUCUCCAGCAGCCAUUGUGAAUAGAAAAACAAAAGCAGAACUUAUAAAAUAAUUUACAAGUGAAAAUUAAUUAUCGAGAUAUUGUACUAAAAGUGUUUGUCCAUAAUGCCAAAAGUGAUGGGCCAAAUUGAUGCGGAAGGGGGUGUGACAGGAGGCACACAUAGUGGUCGGGAGGCACGUAAUUUAGCGGAGAAACACCGCAGAGACAAAGUGAAUGCAAGUAUACGGGAACUGGCUGCGAUAGUGCCGCAGGCGGCGGAUUCAUCGCGACGUUUGGACAGGACCGGUAUACUAAGGUGUGCAGCACAUGGUUUGCGUUUACAAUACAUAUUUGGUAAAUCAGUGGCAAGAAAUCAGACAAUGACAGAGCUCUCACAAGAUCCACAUUUCUCGGAUGCGUUGACCUACCUUUUAGAUAGUUUCUUUAUAACAUUAACCUGUCAUGGACAGAUUGUCGUCGUAUCAUCCAGUGUGGAACAAUUGCUGGGUCAUUGUCAAGCGGAUCUUUAUGGACAAAAUAUAUUGAGCAUAACGCACCCAGAUGAUCAUCCGAACAUGCUGCAACAACUAAUACCACGUGAUAUGGAAGCACUAUUCCGAUGCAGUCAUGAAUACCAAAACAAUGACAGCAACGGCAAUGAAAAUACGGAUACCUAUUUGAGCGACAUUGAUGAACGCUUGCGUAACGAUAAGCGUUCAUUUGCUGUACGGCUGGCGCGGGCGGGUACACGUACAGAGGCAAAUCGCAAGUAUGAAUUGGUUAGAAUUGAUGGCUGUUUCCGACGCAGUGACUACUCCUGCUCAAAUGGCACAUUUCCAAUUGUUUCACAUGUGUUGCGGCGGACACGUUACAAUGGCACCGAAGGACUGCAUGCGUUACAGCACGAUGUUAUAGCACAAGCGGCGCUGCAUGGCAUCAGUGGCAACGAUGUGGUGCUGGUGGCUAUGGCACGUAUCAUACAUACACCAAAGAUUACCACUAUCCUAACGAGCGAGAAUAGUGGACGCAUGGAAUAUAGAACACGUCAUUUGAUUGACGGACGCAUAAUUGACUGUGAUCAGCGAAUUGGAUUGGUGGCUGGAUACAUGAGAGAUGAGGUCUACAAUCUCAGCCCGUUCUCUUUCAUACAUCAUGAUGAUGUGCGUUGGGUAAUUGUCGCUCUGCGCCAGAUGUACGAUAACUAUGAGGAGCAAGGCGAAAGCUAUUAUCGCCUACUCACACGUAAUGGGAAUUUUAUUUACCUGCACUCACAGGGUUUCUACGACACUGUAGAUACCUCACGCAAUGUCUACUCCUUCGUAUGCAUCAACACGUUGUUGGACGAGGAGGAAGGCCGUUAUUACAUGGAAGAUAUGAAGCGACGAUUUUCUACAAUUAUACACUCGGCUUUACCCAUAACUUCAACGGUAGAUGCACCUGCCUCACAGGAUCCCGUACAAUUGGAGCGCAUUGUUAUGUAUUUAAUUGAGAAUUUACAAACACGUUACACCCAUGGCAAUGGCACGGGUUGCGGUGAGGAUACCUCCACACAGGCGGACAAUGUGCGAACACGUCGCCGGCGUAUGAUGUUGGUGCCACCGGAAGUCUCUUCGGUGCGCAGCUCAAUCACGCAAUCGUUGUCGGUUGUGAAUAUUGCUGCUAGGAAUUUGCGUAGAAAUAUGCGUAGGAUGAAGAAGAGUCCGAAAAAUGGCAAUAGCAGUGAUACAUCGGUGUCACUCAGCAGUAGCAGUGAUGAUGAAUUUGAGCAUAAUACCGCUUCAUCCGAUUCCAUGCAUGCAGAUGCAACACAAGCGAAUUUGCUGCGACCGAGUGUGCUGCAGAUGAAUACACAAGCAUCCACAAGUCGGCAAACGGCGCAGGGAGAGCAUGCAAAUACAAUUGAACAAACAACAACAUUGAAGCGUGCGCGUGCUACGCCAUCUAAUGGGGGCAAGAAGAAGAGCACAAAAAUAUACGUUGAAGAAAUCAUCAAUCAACCAACUUACACAAACGUUAUGCCAACACCGGCGACCGCAACGCCCAUCACAAGUACAACUGAAAUCCAUGAAGUCAUCAAUAAUUCACUGGUCAACAUCGAUCAGACGCUGCAGAGCAUACAAGAGAAUGCACGCAAUUUGGGCGAACAGCAUGCUCAAUUGUUGCCGCAAAAUGUGCCACACACCUUCAAUCAGCAAUUGGACGAAAUUAUUGUGGAGCAUCAGCGCCAAGCUGAGCAGCUCAUUAAUAUCCGCAAUGAGUAUGAUGUGCAUUUGCAGCAGCAGUUGUUGCAACAACAACCGACAGAAGCACAAUUGCCAGCAUUUGAUGAUUUAGCUGCUAUAGAUUUACCGUUAUUUCCGCAGCUACCAUUAACCGUGGAGGAGCAGACGCAGUAUGUCGAUGACGCGCUUCAAUUGGCCGAAAAUUAUAUAGAACCGAGUGCUACAAUCCUUAGUGAGUUGGAGAAGCAGCUAUAAUGUGGUCAAAGCCUGUCUGUGGUAACUGGAGGCUACUGUGACAAAAACUUUGUUGGAAGAGUUUUGUAAGUACGCAGUGCCGGCGAUAAUUUGAUUUUGUGGCACAAAUCUGGGUAAUGCAAACGACGUAGCUGACAGGUGUUCUGCUAUUUUGUGUUACUCACUUAAUGCAACAACAGAAAACCACUAAAACAACCAAAAGAAAAGUUCAAAUUCUCUUAAUUUACUAACUAACAAAAAGUAUAAAUUUUCCAAAUAACAUCGAUAUAUGGUGUUGCCAAAUAGUUGCAAAGUGCAUAUUUUUGGUGAUUUUACUAAAAAGAACAAAAAUUUAUAAAAAAAUAUAAGUAUAUGUGCAUGCAUAAGAUUUUAAACUACAUAUGUGGUGGCUCAAUAGAAAUUUAGUAUACAUAACCUAACUUGUGUUGAGAAUUGUUCGAGUGCAAGCAAGAAUACAAAGAUAUAAAUAUUAAAAAAUGUUUAAAAGUGUGCCAGCCAGCGAUCAACAAAAUGCAGCAAUUAAUUGUCUUUGAAAGUGAAAAAAGUAAACUAAAAAUAAUAUUGUAAUAAUGGCAAAAUAUUACAGAUUUUCGAAGUGUUUGUGUUUUGCAAGUGUAGUGGUAACAGAUAGAUAAAUGAACAAAUAACUGCUGAGCAGAAAGUGCUAUAUGGUAUAUACACAAAAUACAUACUCAAAAACAAAAAAAAUCAAAUAAAAAAAUUUCCAAUAAAUAAGCUAAACGCAGAAACUGUGUGUGACAGUAAAAACAAAAUUUAUUAAUAAAAAUGCCUUUGUUUAAAGCAACAAAUCAUAAUAGUACUGAUAUAUCUUCGAUUUUUUUAUGGAAAAAAUAAUAUAAUUUAAUAUUGAAAAAAUUAAAAAAAAAAAUAAUUUUAAUAAUGACAAAAAAAAAUAUUUUUUUAACUUUCCCAUACUUAAAAAAAUCACUUAUUUUUAAACUAAAAAAGCAAGUGCCACUAAAUUUUACGAUAAACAAUUCUAAAUACAAUAUUAUGUAAUAAUUUUCCAAAAUUCUGAACAUAUUAGUGUUUCAAAAAAUUUUGCAAGACAAAAUGGAACCAUAACAAAUUAUAAAAAAAUCAAAGGAAAGCUUUUGAUAAAAUUGUCAAUAACUGCUAAUAGCUGUUACCACAUAGGUCGGUAUAAUGUAAAUCUGCACUAAACGCUCAUUAAAUUAAAAAAAAAAAAUUAUAAUCAAAACAAAAUUGACUGUUAACUGAUUGUAACAGAUUUUUUUUAACAAAGGUGCUAAUGAAAUUUACAAUUUUUUAAUAAAAAAAUAAUUAUAUGUGUGAAAAUGUAUUUUUUUUAAUUAAAUCAAAAAUAUCCGUAAAAAGUGCUCAUUAAAUUUGUACUUAUUUUCCAUAUAAAAUUUGCUUGUUUUAGAAUUUACGCUUUGUGAAAACUAUGUCGUAGAAUUAUAUCAAAAAUAUUUCAUUAUUCAAAAAAGAAAACAAAAAAAAAAUAAGUAAGAAAAACUUUUGGUGAUGAAAAAUUAAAAAAAAAAAAUUAUAUUAAUAUUUAAAAAUAAUAAUAUUAAAAAAUUAAAUGUAAACAAAAAUUAUUUCAACUGUUGAAAAUGAUAAAAUUCUCAAAUUAACUGAAUGAAUAUUUAACGUUGCGUAAAAUCAUUAACAAAAAUUUAAGAAAAAAGUAGUAAUUUUAGAAAAUAAUAAUAAUUAUAAAAGGAUGGUUUAAUAUUUUGUGAACAAUCUACAUAUAUUGGCAAAGAGAAAGAGCUUGCGCUGAGUAUUUUUUAUAUUGUAUAUCUGAUCAAAAUUAUUGACGAAGAAAAUUAUUUUUUUAUGAAAAUUAUUGAAAAAAAUAUUUUUUUUUAUAAAAAUUAUUGACAAAAAAAUUUUUUUAAUAAAAAUUAUUGAAAAAAAUAUUUUUUUAAUACAAAUUAUUGAAAAAAAUACUUUUUUAUAAAAAUUAUUGAAAGAAAAAUAAUUAUCAAAAAAUAAAAAAAAAAUAUUUUUUAUAAAAUUAUUGAGAAAGUUAAAUUAGGAAAUACGUUUCUUUACAAAAAAGCAAAUAAUAAAUUUAAAAAGUAAUACAAAUUAAAAAAUUAAUAUAUUAUAAAUACGUUAAGAAAAGAUUGAAAGACUAACAUUUUAAGCGCGCUGUGCAGGUUUUGAAAAGAUUUUUUAAGAAAAGUGAAAACCAAUUGUUUUUAGAUAUGAAAUUGUAAAAAAAAAAUAAAUUUUUUGCUGGCAAAUUAAAUAUAUAAAAAAAUUGUAAUGCAAAACAUUGAGACUUGUGGCCGUAGAAAUGGUAUGACAACAAUAAAAGCAAAUAUUUUUGUUUCAAAUAAUAUGUGAUAGUUAUAAGAUUUUUCAAACGAAAAAAAUUGCUUGCAUAUUUCAUUUUUAUACAAAAGAAAACAACCAAAGAUGCAAACUACGUCGUCUUCGCUUUGCAAAGCUAAAAUCUUGUAAGAACGCUUUUGCUGCAAACAAUUCUCAACACACAUAUUUUAUAUAUAAAAAUAAACAAUUAUAUAAAUUUUAUUUUAUUUGUUCAAAGCAUAUAUUUUGUAGAUUAAAUAUUUUUAAUGUCGAAAAGUGCUAUCACUAAUAUUUUUUAAUGUUUAUUUUUACAAAUAUGUUGCUAUGCAUUAUUUUCUAUUUUACUUAAAUUUAAAUUUUUUCAUAUACAAUUUUAAUAUUAACUUUAAGUUUAAAGCCAUGCGGUAAAUAAUGUAAUUUUCAAAAUUUUUUUACAAAUAUUAUAUUUUAACUUAAUUGUUUUACAUUUAAUUUUUCAAAGUUAGUAAGUAAGUUCAAAAAAAGUAAACCCAAAUGUUGAACGAAAUUUUAUGUCGAAGAAAAGUUUGUACAUUUAAAUAAUAACACUUUUUUAUUAUGCACACACACACACACACACACAUCCACACAUUUUUGUAACAGUUAAGCGUAUAUAUCAUAGCAGGAUAAUUGCAAAUUGCAAAUAAUUUUUGACUAAGCAAACAUAUUAAAUACUUAUAUAUAUACUUAUAUUUACAUAUGUACAUACAUAAUAUCUAUGUAUAACUCUGCAUCUAUAUGUAUGUGCGUCGAAAGCCAUAUUUGGAGCGUAUUUAAGUGCGGUGCUGUUUGUAUUUUGUACAUAAGAGGACUAAAGAACUAAUAUUAAAUGCGGGCGUAAUAUAGAAAGCGUGAAAUAUACAAACACAUGCAUAUGUAUGUGUGUGCCGUGGAGAACUUGUACUAUUUUUAUUAAUUGUAUUAAUCAUAAGUAAUAAAUUUAAAUAAAAUAAAGGCAUAUGUCAUUCGAAACAAAAAAAAUAAGAAUAUAUUAA